AGGAGUUUUAGCCGGAUCCCGGGUCUGGGGACCUGAGGUCCCUUUUACGAUUGAGCAGGUCGGAGCUGGGGGCGGGUUCGGUUUGGGAGGGUGAGGUUUGAGACCAAGCCCAGGCGGAGACUGCAGGACUUUUGUCUCCGCAACGGCGGAGUGAGGCUGGGCCAGGGGCGGAGUGUUAAGACCAGCCCUCGGAUUCUUGCCUCUGAUUGAACGGGGUGGCCCCCCCUGGGGCGGGUCCUGGUUUGCUUUUGACAGCUCUCUUACACAGCUGCAGACGAGUCCGGUGGGUUCAGGAACCUGUGAUCCCGCUCUCCGCGCGUCCCCGUCCCCCCGUGGCCCCGGCCCCGGCCAUGAAGAGCAUCUUCUCCUGCUCCAGCUCACAGGUGGCGGUGGAGAGAUGGAACCGUCGUGAUCAGAAGCUUCUGGAGGCAGUGCAGCGGGGGGACGUGGGAUGUGUGGCUGCCCUGGCCUCCAGGAAAUCUUCCCGACCCACCAAGCUAGACUCGAACGGCCAGUCCCCGUUUCAUCUGGCAGCCUCCAAAGGCCUGACAGAAUGUCUGACUAUACUACUUGCGAAUGGGGCUGACAUCAACAGCAAGAAUGAGGAUGGGAGCACCGCCCUGCACUCGGCCACCAUUUCCUGCCAGCCACAAUGUGUCAAGGUCCUGCUGCAGCAUGGUGCCAAUGAAGAUGCUGUAGAUGUGGAAAAUCGUACUCCAUUGCACUGGGCAGCCUUCUCUGGCUGUGCCUCAAGUGUGCUCCUCCUGUGUGAUCACGAAGCCUUCCUGGAUGUCCUGGAUAAUGAUGGACGUACACCCCUGAUGAUUGCGUCGCUGGGUGGUCACGCAGCUAUCUGCUCACAGCUACUGCAGAGAGGCGCCCGGGUUAAUGUCACUGACAAGAAUGACAAAUCGGCUCUGAUCCUGGCCUGUGAAAAAGGCAGCACUGAGGUGGCUGAACUGCUCCUGAGCUAUGGAGCAGAUGCAGGGGCGGUGGACAGCACGGGGCAUGAUGCUUUGCGUUAUGCUCUACGCACACAAGACAAGAUGCUGUGGAGGCUGCUGCAGCAGGCCCUGAACCGGCAGGGGCUGGGAGGUCAGGGGUUAGUUCAACACCCAGAUCUUGCAUCCCAGGCCUCUCCAUCUGAGCCUCAGGUGGGUUCUCCACCUAAGAGCCCAUGGAGAGCAGAGCCUGAGGAGGGGCAGGAGGAAGAAGAGGAUGAAGAUCCCUGUUCAGAGGAGUGGAAGUGGAAGUAUGAAGAGGAGCAGAGGAAAGUUUCCCAGUUGGAGCAGGAGCUGCUGCGAAAUAUGGAAGAGUGUAAGGCUCAAUCUGCAGCUUAUCUGGGCCUGGAGAGCCAGAUUCAAGAACAGGUUCGGGAGCUGGGGCUCCUCCUAUCACAAGAGCCCGGAGCUCCGGGAGACCUGCGCUCUAGUCUCCGGCCUGGAGGAGAUGGCAUGGAGCAGGGUUGUACCCUCGACCUGCUGGCUAAGUGCAUACAAGAGCUAAAGAAGCAGCAACAGGCAGCAGCCGCAGCUGCAGCAAGGCCAGUAUUAGCUUCCAAGAAGGCUGAGGAUUCAGCUGGAGGGGUGAUCCAGUAUGACGCCCACGGAAGGUCCCAACCAGAAGAACAGGAGCCACCCCACAGCCCAAGGUCUGAGACCAUUGGGAGAUCCACAGGACAGCAACCGACCGCCAGUGGCGGGCAGGCCCUUGGCCCUGAUCACACUGACCAACUGCAUGCUGGCCAGGAGCCGAGGCCCCAGGCCCCAGGGGCUGAACCAACAGGCACAGUGGCUGAACCAGUGCACACAGCAGCCAUGAACCAGCUCCUGCUACAGCUGAGGGAGGAACUGGCUGCGGUGUGGCGAGAAAAGGAUGCAGCCCGGGGGGCUUUAUCAAGACCAGACCUGGAGGGAGCUGUGGGGACGUCCCGGGCUGAGGCUGCAGCAGCAGCCUGGGAGAAGAUGGAGGCCAGGUUGGAGCGGGUGCUGGUGAGGCUGGAUAGGGCAAAAGCAGGAUUACAGAUGAAACCUGAGGUCCCUGCCCAGGAGCCCAGAGAGGGAUCCCCAAAGGCAGGCCCAGGGGCCAUCACCAAAGAGGGUGAAGGGAAGGAGGAAGGAGCUCCUGGGGCCUGGGGAGAGCCUCUAGGGAUGCCUGGAGGGGAACAGAUGCCAAGAGGAGGCCUGGCAGAGGGACAGCUGGAGAAGGAGGUGAGGCUGAGCGACAGUAACUUGCUGCAGGAGUUGGGGGAGCUGGGCCAGGAGCGGCAGUGGUUGCAGGGGGACCUGCCGUCCCUGAGCCAGCGGCUACAACGGGAGUGCGUGCCCAAGCCAGAGGCGCAGGUCCAGCUACAGCGGGAGUGCGUGCCCAAGCCAGAGGUGCAGGUCCAGCUACAGCAGUUGCGGUGGAGCAUGGGGCUGCUGACAGAUGAACUGGCCCUGGAGAAGGAGGCCACCGAGAAGUUGCGGAAGCGCCUGGCCUCCCAGAGCAGAGGCCUCCGGGGACUGUGGGACUGCCUGCCCCCAGACUUGGUGGGCAGGGGGAGUGCACGGUGCCCAGCGGCCGAUCGCCUGGAGGAGCUGCAGGCCUGCGUCAGCGCCCUGGUGGCCAGGCACCGCGAGGCCCAGCAGGUGCUGGCUCGGCUAGAAGAGGAAAACCAGCAGCUGCGGGGCUCCCCUGCCCGAUGUGGGGAACCGGGCGCCUCCUCAGAGGCCUCAGCGUCCCCCCAAGUUGAAGCUCUGGAGCAAGACCUGGGGAAGCUGGAGGAAGAGCUGCGGGCGGUUCAGGCCACGAUGAGCGGGAAGAGCCAGGAGAUCAGGAAGCUGAAGCAGCUGCUCUACCAAGCCACGGAGGAAGUGGCUGAGCUGAGGGCCCGGGAGGCGGCCGGUCUGCGGCAGCACGAGCAAACUCGGGGCUCACUGGUGGCCCAGGCCCGGGCUUGGGGCCGGGAGCUAAAGGCCCUGCUGGAAAAGUAUAAUACGGCCUGCCGGGAGAUGGGACGGCUGCGGGAGGCGGUGGCCGAGGAGCGGCGCAGGAGCGGGGACCUGGCUGCGCGUGCGGCAGGGCAGGAGCGCCAGGCCAGCGAGCUGCGCGGGCGGUCGGAGCAGUUGGAGAAAACGGCGGAGCUGCUGAAAGAGAAGGUGGAGCAUCUCAUCGGGGCUGGCCGGGACAAGGAGGCCAAGAUCAAGGAAUUGUUGAAGAAGCUGGAGCAGCUUUCAGAGGAGAUUCUAGCAGUUCGGGGAGAAAAUGCUCACCUUGCCCAACAGCUGCAGGAUUCCCAGAAGAACCACGCAGAGAUCAUCUCCACCUAUAGGAAUCAUCUGCUGAAUGCUGCUCAGGGCUACAUGGAACAGGAUGUGUACAAUAUCCUAGUGCGAAUCCUCAGCAUCCAGGAGGAGUGAGGCAUCCUGUGCCCUGAAGAAUAUGGGAUCUCUCUGUUGGAAUAGAGCAUCCCUGGUUGCCAGAGCCUCCAACAGGCUGUGGUGGGUGGUGGGUUGGCCACUACGGGUGUGUGGGUGGGGCUUCACCUGAUGUUAUGGACCCCAGACCUGAGAACCUGAACCCUGGACUCAGCGUGGAUGAGAUCAGAGGAGGUGUGGAUGGAAGCCAGCUCUGUGGAGAAUAAAGCAGGAGGCAGGAUGAUGUCGGGUGUUGUUUUUUCUGCCUAAAGGGGCAUGGGGGAAGGAAUCCUUUUCAUUCCUUUUUGAUCACAAAUGGCCCCAUAAGUUAGCUGCUUUCAAACUUUGAUUAUGAUCCAUAGUAACAAAUACAUUUUACAUCCUGUGUGUACGUA